GGCCAUGUUUUUUGGAAGCCAUCCGAACUGUCUCAUACUGAAAUGUAACCAUUCCUCUUCUUGCUCACCAUCUCGGUAGCUGAGCAAGGCUGGGUAGAGAUGAGACAGUGUUCGUAUGAUGGGGGAAAAGCUAUCUUGGCAAUGGUGAUGGUGCAAUCCAUCUAUGCAGCAAUUACUAUCUUAACCAAGCAAGCACUUAGAGAGGGCUUCAAUGUCAUGGUCUUUGUGGCUUACAAACAAGGCUUGGCCUUUCUUAUCUUGUUUACUGCAUCCAUCCUUCUCAAUAGAGGAAAGAUAAAUCACUUAGCUUUGGGAGUGAAGGGUUUCUCAUGGGUGUUUGUUGCUGCUAUUUUUUGUACAACAAUUACCCAGUUUUGCUAUUACCAAGGUUUAAACUUAACAUCUUCUUCAAUGGCAACAGCCAUGCUCAAUCUUAUUCCUGGUGUGACUUUUCUCAUCUCACUACUCUUUGGAUUAGAGAAAUUGAAACUGAGGAGCUUAAGGAGCAUGGCGAAGAUUUUUGGGACUCUGAUAUGCAUAGCUGGAGCAAUGUGCAUGGCUUUGUACAAAGGCUCUCCAAUUCUCCAAUCAUCAAAACAAAAUUUUAUGUUAGGAUGCAUCUUACUUUUCGCAAAUAUUAUCGGUUGGUCUUCUUGGCUAAUUUUACAGGAUAUAAUCUGUAGGCAUUAUCUUGAUCCAUUAUCAGUAACAGUUUGGGUAAGUUUCCUGGCAGCCAUAUCCUCAGCCAUCCUCACAUGGUUCAUAGAUCAAAAUUUGAAUAUUUGGAAAAUCAGAACAGAAAGUCAACUCAUCGCUUGUUUAUUUUCAGGAAUUUUUGGAACUACUGUUACAUAUUAUCUUCAAGCAUGGAUAAUUGCAGCAAGAGGUCCUCUUUUUUCAGCAGUCUUUAAUCCUCUUACCACUGUCAUUACUACCACCUUCACCUUCUUGUUACUUCACGAAAAUCUUUACGUCGGAAGUUUGGUUGGUGCUAUUGCUGUGAUUGUUGGACUGUACAUAGUUUUGUGGGGAAAAGGUGCGGAUUAUGGAACAAAAACCAAGCUUGAUCAAAAGGAUGAUUCAAUAGAGGAAGCUGAUGUUCAAAGUGAUUUGCAUGAGCCUUUAGUGUCUAGUACUAGAGGAGUGGAUGUUUAAACCAAACAGUUAUUAAAAAGCUUUUUAGUGUCUAGUACUCCUUUAGUGUCACAUGCACCCAACCCUAAAAAAGUGGAGAAUACGGCUUCUCUCAUAGGGGAUCAUGUGAAUUGUGGAUAAAUAGUAUUAAUAUAAUAUUUUUAUGAUAUCUUUACAGUA